UUGAGGAAUGUGGCGGUGCCGGCUCGGAGCUCGGUGGUGAAGCAGCCAUCAUCACGCGAUGAACCGGCAGUUCCACCGCUGCUUCUCCUCCACCAGCACGAUGUUCCUGUGGGCGCUCUUCUUGAUCGCCCUGACGGCGUCGUACCUCAACUUCCAGAGCUUCGUCGAUUCCGGGAGCAAGUACUUCACCGCCUCGUGGGGCGGGGUCCAGUGGGAGAAGCAGGUGCGCAAUUCGGCCCAGAUCCACCGCGGCAGCGGGAUGUCGGUGCUGGUCACCGCGCGGCCGGGUUCGUCGGGAGCCACGUCUCCCUCGCGCUUAAGAAGCGCGGCGACGGUGUCGUCGGGAUCGACAACUUCAACCACUACUACGACCCGUCCCUGAAGAAGGCGCGGAGAUCGAUGCUGGCGGAGCACGGGAUCUUCGUCGUCGCCGGCGACAUCAACGACGGGAAGCUCCUCGCGAAGCUGUUCGACGUUGUGGGUUUCACCCACGUGAUGCAUCUCGCGGCGCAGGCAGGGGUCCGGUACGCGAUGGAGAAUCCCAAUUCGUACAUCCACUCCAACAUCGCCGGAUUGGUCACCCUCCUCGAGAUCUGCAAAUUGGCGGAAACCCAGCCGGCGGUGGUCUGGGCGUCGUCGAGCUCCGUCUACGGGCUCAACGAGAAAUCCCCCUUCUCCGAAUCGGACCGGACCGACCAGCCGGCGAGCCUCUACGCGGCGACGAAGAAGGCAGGAGAGGAAAUCACCCACACCUACAAUCACAUCUACGGCCUCUCCAUCACCGGAUUGAGAUUCUUCACGGUGUACGGUCCCUGGGGCCGACCCGACAUGGCGUACUUCUCCUUCACCAAGAACAUUUUGCAGGGGAAGCCGAUUACCGUCUACCGGGGCAAGAAUCGGGUCGAUUUGGCCCGGGAUUUCACCUACAUCGACGACGUCGUGAAGGGGUGUUUGGGCUCGCUGGACACCGCCGGGAGGAGUACCGGGUCGGGCGGGAAGAAGACGGGUCCGGCGCCGUACCGGAUCUUCAACCUCGGGAACACGUCGCCGGUGACGGUGCCGACGCUGGUGAGCAUACUGGAGAGGCAUCUGAAGGUGAAGGCGAAGAAGAAGGUGGUGGAGAUUAAUGGAAAAAACCCUAAAUUGGGUUGGGGAGGAAGGAGGAAGAAGGGUUGGGUAGGGUUGGGUGAUGGGUUGGGUUGGGUUGGGUUGGUUUUAAUGAGGUGGCGGGUUAUAAUGACGUGGCGGGUCGGGUUUUAUUUUUGUUGGGUUAAUAUCCGGCUGAUUAGGCAAUUCUGUUUGCCACAUCAGCACUUAACGGACUUCAUUAACGGAGUUGGACGGAGACUAACGGCGAGUGACUAA